AUGGACGUUCUGAAGGAUAUUGGCCAAGCCCAAUCCCAGCUUCUCGCUGCGGUCCAGUCCUUGACUGACCGUCUCAACGCGGUGCUUCCUGGUACGGCCCUUAUACCUAGUUCUAGCGGAGGUCUUCCACAGAACGAACGAAGCGAUCAAGUUGAUGAGGUAUCGGCCUCCGAUUUUCCUAUCGUACGACCAGGCUCGGAGGGUGAUGGAGUCUUGCAAGCCCCAGCCACUCCCACCUCGCCUCAACGGGCCGCCUUGACAUCUCGUAUCGUUCUCACGACCUACCCGAAACAAAUCGGUAUUAACCCGUUUCCGAUGGACUGGGGGAAUUGUGACCCUCUCAAGCGGGGCCCCGUCGUUGUCUCACGACUGUCAUCCACCAUCCGGCGUCGCAACGCCCAUGGCGGGUCAUACUCAAUCUACUAUGCUCUUGCUGUUGCCAGCAAGCAGUUGAAUCUCGACCACAGGCCGGAUUUUACCAAUACUGAACCUGCUGCGCAGAUUGGGCCAUUCCCUCAGUGGGGGGGGCGAGAGAAGAUUGUGGCCAUGGACCCCUAUGGCCAUCUAGCGCCUUGGAUAUUCAAAGACACUAUCGAAAAAGAAGACGUUGAUAUCCGUCCCACGAUCGCUAUUACGAAAGCCCAUAUGAAGGUGAUAAAGCCACCUGGUCAGCUACCCGAGCUCGAGGACAGUGUCAAGAAGGGCCGCCUUGUUCCAGACGGCAAAGUCUGCCUUAACGAGUUAGGCGAGCUGGCUGUCACCAAGUUUGCAGUGGAACCGGUCUGGUACCUUCCUGGUGUGGCCGAAAGGUUCGGUAUUGACGAGGGUACCUUGCGUCGAUCGCUAUUCGAGCAUACGGGUGGAAGUUACCCCGAGCUCAUCACUCGAGGUGACAUCAAAUUGUUUCUCCCUCCUAUCGGCGGCUUGACGGUUUAUUGUUUCGGAGAUCCGGCCAAAAUGUCGGACGAGUCAGUACGCCUGUCCUUACGAGUCCACGACGAGUGCAACGGGAGUGAUGUCUUUGGAUCUGACAUCUGUACCUGCCGUCCGUACCUCAUUUUUGGUAUUGAAGAAGCCGUCAAGGAAGCCCAGAAUGGAGGAAGCGGUGUGGUCAUUUAUUUCAGGAAAGAAGGCCGGGCCCUUGGGGAGGUUACCAAGUAUCUUGUAUACAACGCCCGAAAGCGAGGCGCCGACCGCGCCUCUGAUUACUUCAAGCGUACCGAGAACAUCGCCGGUGUAAAGGACAUGCGUUUCCAGGCACUUAUGCCCGAUAUCUUGCAUUGGCUCGGCAUUAAGAAGAUUGACCGAAUGUUGAGCAUGAGCAACAUGAAGCACGAUGCCAUUGUCAGUCAAGGGAUCCCGAUUCACGAGCGAGUUGAGCUUCCAGACGAGCUCAUACCUGCCGAUUCGAGGGUUGAGAUUGAUGCCAAAAUCACUGCGGGCUACUUUACUGCGGGCAAGCGGAUGACCGAAGAGGAACUCCAAGCUGUGCAGGGAAGGAUGUGGGAAGACGUCGACCACUAA